CAUGUGCUGAUAUUGCGCAAUAAUUUCUCGCGCUGCGCGGCAAAUUUCACAAAUGCGCGGCGAACAAGAAAUUUUUUAAAAUCUGCGCGUCAGGACGCGCAUUUCUCCCGAAAUUGCGCAAGCUAGAUCUAGGUUGCGCAAGACAUACUUUCCAGUCUGGGCUCAUUGCGAUGUUGAGGAUGAAUCCAAAGAUUUCAGUUUGUUGUUUUUGGAAGAACUCGUUCAAAUGGGAUUCAAUAAGGAAAAAGUUGAGUCAGCUCUUAAAGAUGUUAACUACUGCAGUAUCGAAGAAGCAUUAGAUAUUUUGGCGACAAGCAAUGAUAAAAGGACCAUGCAAAGCUCAAAUCAAAAAAUUGACAUUAGACAUGAAGGGCCUUCCUCUUCUAAACAUGUUGCUCAAGUGGAAACUGACGUCCGCCUUGUUCCAGAUGUUGCAUGCAACACUGCUUUUUGUCGUGAUGGUGUUUCCUCCACUUUGGAAAUGUUGUUUGACAAAGCCAAUGUUCAGACUGCAAAUGAUGCGCUUUGUGUCAUUGUUCAUGCUUUGAUGCUUGAGUCAGGAUUUUGUUUAAAGGGUCUUUGUGAGUCUGAUCCUCCUGAAAUUUUACCAUCUGGCUGGAAUGAUGGAGAUAUAGUGAAACUACACUAUGUACAUCAUCUUACCUCAAGCAUUGUUUGUCAACUGAUAUUUUCCAAACUUGGUCCAUUUAUCUAUGCAUAUGUUUGUUCAAAGGAGCUGAAAUCCAGCACUUAUCAAGUCAAGUUGAAGGUCUCCCAUUACAUUCGUUCAGAUGUACCAAUAAAGAAUGGUGCGAGAUCAACAACUAGAAAUCUACACAAAUUAUCGACAACUGUGAAGAAUAAUCUCAUUCAUCCUUUCCAUGCUAAUUUACUAUCACAUCUUGGUGUCAUUUCGCCAUAUUCGUUGCAUGGCUUACCUCCUGAGAUUCAGUUGAUGAUUUUGAGCCUGCUCCCUGUUCGUGGUGUUCUCUCAUUAUCGGCGACUUGUAAAGCACUUCAUGUUGUAUGCAACGAUGAGAAACUAUGGCAGUACUUUUGUCAACGAGAUUUCGCUGCUGAAAGCAACGAUCGAAGUUGGAAAGAGUAUUACAAAAAGCGCUACAAGCAACGUCAACAAUACCGACUAGAUACAAGAACCCCCAUCUAUCAACCAAUCAUCCAAAGUGUUCCGCCUCCUUUAAAUCCAUUCCUACCACGAGUACCCCAAAUUUUAGGUGGCCCACACGACUUGUUUCCAGACUUCUUAACUGGUCAACCGAGGACUCAACCUGAUUUAAGAAUUCUCCGUCCAGAUGAUCGAUCAAGGUCAGAUUUGCGAUUGAGCACUGCCGAUAGGGUCAUGCAGGGGACUUUUUUUGCUUGAAUGAAGAACAUUUCUGUUGUUGAUCAUUAAAACGCAUCUUUACCCUUGUAAAGCCACCACGCUUGUCUACCUUUCAAACAUUUCACAUUUAACCUUUUUUGCCACGCUGCCGGAGUAAUUUAAAGAUUUUACUAUGUGCCUCGUCAUGUAAUUUGUCGUUUCAGAGAGACACCACAAGAAGUAGUUAUUUCUUAAGAGAGGACAUUUACAAUACCUCGUAGUACUUCGUAUUGUCUUAAUUUGAUGCAUAUUUAAGGUUUUAGCUCUUGCGAAGAAGGCAAGUAUUUCAUUUAAAAUGAAUAAAGCAAUGUUCAAGCGUGUAAAGAUAUAUUACUCUACAAACGCUCAAUUG